GCCUUCCAUCAUACUGCGUCGGCUGGCGUGAUUAAUUUCAGUACGAGUGUGACAGCCGCUCGUCAAUGGGCAACAGCAUGUGUUACUUUCACUUUUAGCAUUUAGCACCGCCUAAAAAAACAAAAAACGCACUAUUUCCUGCCUCCGCGCAAAACCGGAGCGCUGUCCCUUUAAACUGAAGAGGGCCACGCAGCUGGAGCUUCACCCUACCAGCGGCCGAACCUCCGCUCUCUCAGGAUCCAUUCAUAAAUAAGACAUCGUGCGCGAAGGAAGCUCGCAGAGUCGCGUCUGAUUUAAUCGCCCAGCGAACCGGAUGCGAGGGUUGAGCAGGAAGCCGACAUGUUCACCUCGACGGCGGCGUGUGAAUCGGGGGCACGGCUGAGAGCGCAGCAGUGACUUCCCCAUGGCUGACCCCCCUGCCGAUGGGUUUGACUUCGUGUGCGCGCCGUCAGCAGGCAGCUCGAUCCGGCUCGCAGCCGCUCACAAACCACAAAAAUGCUCGUUUCCGCGCGGGGUUUGAUGCCGUGUUUGCGCUUCCGCACGACUCAAGUCGCCCUGAUUUAAAUACUCCGCCGCUUCCAUCUUCCUGCCUUAUUUUGACAAAUGGUGCCGCGCCAGAGGAGCCGAGGACCUGACGUACGGAUGGAGCAGUGAGUUAUGGCAGCGAAAGAGGACCUUUAUGCCAAAGUGACACCGCGGAGGCAGCGCCAGAACCGGCCGAGCACCGUCAAACAUGGGUCCACUCUGGACGUGCUGCUGUCCAUGGGCUUCCCCAAGACCAGGGCUUUGAAAGCUUUAGUUUCGACAGGAGGCAAAAACGUCCAGGCUGCUUGUGACUGGCUCUUCUCCCACGUGGACGACCCGUUCCUGGACGACCCGCUGCCCAGGGAGUACGUGUUGUACCUGCGGCCCAGUGGCCCUCUGCUCCAGCAGCUCUCGCACUUCUGGCAGCAGUCGCGCCUCUCGUGUGGCAAGAACAAGGCGCACAACAUCUUCCCCCACAUCACCCUGUGCCAGUUCUUCAUGUGUCCUGAUGGGAAGGUGGAGGCCCUGUCUGAAGCUCUCCAGUCCACCGCGGCCAAGUGGAAGGGCCGCAUACCCAUGCCUCUGCCCCUGGAGCUCUACAUCUCCUCCUCAUUCAUCGGGCUCUUUGUGGAGGAGCAGGUGGCGGAGGUGCUGAAGCAUUUCGCUGCAGAUUUCGCUACAGAAGCGGCAGCUAAAGCAGAUGCUCACGUGGAGCCCCAUAAAAAGCAGCUUCAUGUCACUCUGGCGUACCACUUCCAGGCCAGUCACCUUGCAGCUCUGGAGAAGCUGGCCAAGAACAUACAAGUGUCUCUGGCGUGUGACUGGCUCGCCGUGCUCUUCAGUCGCGACAUCCGCUUCGCCAACCACGAGACGCUGCAGGUCAUGUACCCGUACGUGCCUCAGAAUGACGACGAGCUGGAGCUGCUGACCGGCGACUUCAUCUUCAUGUCCCCGGUGGAGCAGAGCACGGCCAGCGAGGGCUGGGUGUACGGCACCUCGUUGGGCACGGGCCUGUCCGGCCUGCUGCCCGAGAACUACGUCAGCCGGGCCGACGAGUCCGACACCUGGGUCGUCCACGGGUCCCACUCCAUCCUCAACUACUCUCCGUCUAGCUGUCCGUCUAACACAGUGGGCGGGUUGUUGUUCGACGGCGAGCUGAACAACAGCCUUCUGGACAGUCUGAUGGACCCUUCCACCCUCAGCGGUCUCUGUCCCCCUAUGCAGGCGUUGCGUCCGGCUGGUCAGGCCUCCCUGUCUAAGAUGAGGCUGUUUGUGUGUCGCCAUGGGGAGAGGAUGGACGUGGUGUUUGGGAAACACUGGAUCGCCCAGUGCUUCGACUCCAAGGGCCGAUACUUCCGCUCUAAUCUCAACAUGCCGACCAGCCUGCCCCCCCGGAGCGGAGGCCACCGGGAUUAUGAUAAGGACUGUCCAAUUACUGUGUUUGGCUCCACCCAGGCCCGUCUCGUAGGUGAAGCCCUGUUGGAAAGUCACACAGCAGUAGACUUUAUUUACUGCUCUCCUUCUCUCCGCUGCGUCCAGACUGCUCAGAACAUUCUGCAGGGCCUACAGCAGGACGGGAAGACAAAGAUCCGCGUGGAGCCUGGGUUGUUUGAAUGGACCAAGUGGGUGUCAGGCACAUCCUUACCAACCUGGAUCACCCCAGCAGAUCUGGCUGCUGCUAACCUGAGCGUGGACACAACAUACAGACCUCAUAUUCCUGUAAGUAAGUUGACGGUGUCGGAGUCUUACGAGACCUACAUCAGCAGGAGCUUCCAAGUGACUCGAGAGAUCCUGACGGAGUGCAAGAACAUGGGAAACACGAUCCUGAUUGUGGCCCACGCUUCCUCCCUGGAGGCCUGCACUCGCCAGAUACAGGGCCUCAGUCCCCAAAACUCCAAGGACUUCGUCCAGGUUGUGCGAAAGAUUCCAUACUUAGGCUUUUGUGCCUGUGAAGAGAUGGGGGAGACGGGGGUGUGGCACCUGGUCGACCCUCCCAUCCUGCCUCUGACACAUGGACCCAAUCACAGUUUCAACUGGAGGGAGAUGCUAAUACAAGACUAAAGGGUUUGCUAAUAGGCUAUUUAUCAUUCGGUGGCCCUGAAGCUAUGGAAACAAAAGUAUUUAUUAUGAACUGACUAUAUUGCUAUACUGUAAAAUCCAGCCCAACUACCAAAAAGUCUGGUUUCCAUCAAAGACACCAUGCAAAAAAAACAAAACAAAAAAGAGCAUUCGUUGAGGCUAAUGUAUCCAGACGCGUCGCUCAGGAAGGAGAAAGUAGCUCGUGUGGAGAUCACAGCACAAAUGGGUUCGGGCUGCAGACGGUUGGUUGCCUUUUCUCCAUGUUCCACUCCUCAGCCCCAAACGUGGAGGUGCUAUGAGAAGUCUGGGUACGUCUCAAUGACUGCUGAUGAAUCAGGUUUUUGCCAUGAGAAGGUCCUUCAGCUUUGUCUCCGGCGGAGAUGUGAAGACUUUGCGUUCUGCUGCCUUCUCGCACACUGUGACGUAGUCGACACGAGGGAGACUCGUACUCGCAGAGAGAAAUAUUUUUCCAUGUGUCACGCAUUAUUAUUUAACGUGUAGCUACAGCCACCCCUGCAACAAAGAGCACGAAGGAAAUAGUGACAAUCAGAGGGAGGGGAGCUGAUCUGGUUCAUGCGUCCUGUUGAGCCUCCUGUAAAUGUUAUAUCAUGAAGUGAUUUUUUUUCCUUGUUAACAUUUUUGUGCCCAUGUGAUUCUUCUAAAGUCAUUUUGUGGAGGCAGUGCACUUCCUGUUAUCACAACCUUUGGUUAUUCAUUUUAUCCAGGUGCACUCAUCCUUUUUUGCUUGUUUAACAUUUACCUGAAACUCUCUCUAAGCCUGGUAACCACACCGCUUUCUUAAUACUAGGAGCAUUUUAUUUUAUUUUGUAAUGUCACAUGUUUUUAAGCGCUUACUGCCUAUAAUGAUUAUUUGAUUUAUGACUCCGACGUUAUUGAUACUCUCAAAAAUCAAUAAAGCACGACUGUGGGGUUUUGAAGGCCAAUGCAUAGCAGCCUGUGCCAUGUAUUUUGUAGAGACAUGUCCUGUGUAGUAGACAGUGUGGAGAUUACUGUUAAUAUAGAGACAAUGAGGCGCUUCUUAGGAAAAAUUACAACAAAUGCUGAGACAAGCCUCACCGUCGCCAGCUCGUUGUGAAUGGGACGCGUUAUUAAUCAGAACAGAAGAUGAGAGAAGCAUUUUUAUUUCAGAUUUCAUGAAAUUAAAAGCACAGGUGAAUAAAUAAUAACAGCCGAUGGCUCAUCUUA